AUGGCGCCGUCGGUCCGGCUGCUGCCGAACGUGGUGGAGAUUCAGGAGACCUUACACGCGCUCAUGUACCGCUCGUACGGUUUGCGGCUCGAGCAUUUCGUCGUAGAGGACGGCCACACGCGCAUGGCCUGCUGGGUCCCCGCCUCGCACGGAAAACCCGCCGCUGCUAGUACUGACAACGGCGACGACGACUUCGACGACGACGGCGACUCUGUCGCCUCGCGGGCGACAGCGGAACGACGGAGUGGCCGCAACCCGCCAUUGCUACUGAUCCACGGCUUCGGCGCGUCGUCGCUGAACCACUGGAUAAAGCAAAUACCCGUGCUGUCGCGGCACUUCGAGCUGUACAUUCCUAGCCUCGUCUUCUUCUUCUCCUCCACCAGCGCCAGCUCGAAGCGCCGCGGAGAGUUCUUCCAGGCGGAAGCCAUGCUGGGGCUCAUGAACACGCUCGGUAUAGAGCGGUGCCAAGUGGUGGGGCUCAGCUACGGGGGAAUUGUCGCGUACCGCAGCAUGGCGACGCUCUCCCCGUCGCGUGUGGCGCGGCUGGCGGUGGCGGGGUCGGGCGUGAUGAUGAACCGCGCGGAGUACGACGCGCUCAUCGAUCGCUGGGGCGUGCGCAGCUCCGUGCCGCUCUUCCUUCCGCGCACGCCCGCGGAGCUGCUGCGCCUGAUGUUGAAGGUGCGCUUCUUUGAGAACAGGGAGGAGAAGGCGCAACUGCUGGAGGACCUGCGCGAGCAGAGAGUGCACGGCGAUGCACACUACCCCGUUCCAACCAUGGAGACGCUGAUCGUGUGGGGAGAGGAUGAUGCUGUGUUCCCGAUCUCCAUUGGCUACCGCAUGCACAAGUACUGCUGUCCCCUCACCAUCCAGCACCUGCCCCACUCUUCGCUUCCACCCACCCACAAUCCCCAUCCAACCCACCCCCCUUCUCGCUUCCCCUCUCUCGCUCCUUGCGCUCGCUGCUGCUUCCCUUUCCACAGGCACUUCGGACUGUGCAGUCGCCUAGAGGUGUUUGAGAAAGGCUCGCACGCACUACAAGCGGACGACACCGCUCGCUUCAACCACACCAUCCUCACCUUCUUACUGCACGGCAAUUCUCCCACCCACACUCGCUCCUCUCCUCCUGCUGCUGCCACUGUUGAAGCUGCACCUACUGCAAUCUCAUCUGGUUUGCUGUCUGCGGGAGUGGUGGCAGUAGCAGCUGGUGCGGCAGCGUUAGCAGCAGGGGCUGUGGCUGCGAUUUCAGCAGCAACGGUGGGGGCAGCGGUGCUGGAGGUGCGGGGCGAGGUGGAGCGAAAGGAACGGCACAUGCCAGCCAGGCGUUGGCUUCCGCGUGACCGCGUCCUUCUCGUCUCGUGGUGCCUCUGCUACCUGAGGCUCCGGGAGCUUUAUGCCGCUCUCGGAUCUGGCGACCUGCUGAGAGCCCGAGCGCACUUGGCGGAGGACGUGGACUGGUGGUUCCAUGGUCCUAAAUCUCGCCAGCUGCGUUGCAUGCAAUUUCUGUCGCUGAUUGUCGGGGAAGUUGAUUCUGAUGGUGUGAAGUUCAUGCCCGUCGAUGUGACUGCCAAAAACGACAAGGUUAUUUCCGAGGGUGUCAGCAUCGUGAAGACCCGUCGUGGAGCGCUGGUGGAUGUGGCGUGGGUCCACGUCUGGACGGUGUCGCCCGUCAGCGGCAGAGUGACUGGACUCCAAGAGUUCGUCAACACUGCCGUUUCCGCGACUGUGCUUGGACCUGCUUCUGGCGCACUAAGCUCGCUGCCCGCGGCUUCAUGCCGCGAGGCUAUGGCUUCCAGCGCAAAGCUAGUCGCGCCCCGCCUUCCCCCGCGCCGUUUCCGCCCGGCGGAAACCUCUGCUCCGCCCAUGGACGCGUUUCCCGAGGAGCUGCUCACUCCGCCGGUGCCCCUGGUGGCGCUGCUGGGCGUGCCGGAGCUCCACGUGGCAAUCGCGCAGCACCUGCAGGCGCAAUCCCCGCCCGUGGCGUCCGUGUUCGUGCCCGACCGCGCGGACGCGGCGGAGGUGAGCGGGAAGGAGCGGCGGCCCGCGGACGCCAAGUGCGCGCCGCCGCUGGGCGUGGUGAAGGCGGAGUGGGUGAAGAAGCACCGCGAGCGCAUCCCCGCGGCGGCGGUGGUGCUGGUGGAGAAGGCGCUUCUGUGCGGGGAUGCGGGCGCGUGGCAGUCCGUGUGCGCCGAGAUCGACCAGAUCAAGAGUGCGUUGAGGGGGCGUAAUGUGAAGCUCGUUCUGCUGCUCGUGCAGGCCUCAGCAGGCGGUGAGAUGAGUGAGGAGCGGCUGGGCAUGCUGAAGCGGCGGGCGGAGGUGGAUGGGCGCAGCUGCAUCCCCUUCCUCGUGGCUGAUGCUGAGGACCAGAAGCGCUCCCUCUCCAGGCUGUGCGCGGUGGUGGUGGAGCUGUGCGCCAACUACUACCGGGACGAGGUGCGGCGCAUGCGCCUCAAGAUAGAGCGCCGCGCGUACUCACACACCGAGCUCACCGUGCGAUACUACUUCAAGAUGGGCAUGUAUUGUGAGUUCCGUCGCGAGUGGCUGCCUGCUGUCAAGUGCUACGAGGCGGCCUUCCUCUCGCUGCAGGAGCUCUUCUCAGGAGCAUCGGAGCGCUACCCACUGCAAACCGUCCUGGAAGUAAAAGCAGUAGCUGAAGUGCUCAGCCUCAAGGUCUGCACGCUCCUGCUGCACUCGGGCCGCGAGGUCGAAGCUGUGGGCUGGUUCCGCACCUUCAUGGAGUGGUUCCGAGCCCGCGUGGGCCCUCCUGAAGCUGCUUUUCUGCACUGGGGGUGGAUGGCGAGGCAAUAUGAGGUGUUUGGGGAGUUGCUGCAGCAGCGGUUGGCGUCGUCUGGGCAUGUGGUGGGGACGCCGGCUGGUGCUGCUCUUGCUGUUGGGUCUGCUGCUGCUGCGGCGGCGGCUCCUGUGGUGGGGGGAGGGGGUGGGCCACCGUUGUCCACUGGGUCUCUUGCUCCAUCCCUUGCCCCUUCCUCUGCCUCCCUCUCCUCCCUCUCCACCUUCCCGCCCUCUGCGCCCUCCUCCCUCCCCUCCUCCGCCCGUUCGUCUCCUCCUCUCUCUCCCGCUCCUAGCACCUCCUCCUCUACCUCCUCCGUCCCUCCCCUCCCCGCCCCUGUCACCGCCGCCACCGCUGCCGCAGCCGCUGCUGCCGCAGCCGCAGCAGCAGUGGCAGUAGCAACAAGCGCGACUGCUGCCGCCACUGCCGCCGCCACCACAGCAGCAGUCACAGCCACAGCAACGCCUCUCCCACCCGCCUUGGAAGGCCAGGGUCCCUUCUCAUCCCAGUCCCUGCGUGUGCCGCUAGUAGCACGUGUGUUCCAGCUAGCAGCGAAGCACAUGCUCAGGCACAGGCGUGCAUAUGACGAUGCCCGCUUGGCUCUGGAUACUUUUGGGCUGGCUGCUUUGGGAGGGGACGGAGGCGGCGUGGGAGGGGUUCAUGCGGGGGCGUUUGGAGCGGUUGGAGUGAGUGUGGAUGGGUUGGUGGAUGUUCUGGCGGAGGGGAAUUCGGGAGUGGAGGAGCCGGUGUAUGUGGGGCAGGCGUGCCGGCUGGUGUUCCGAGGACAGGCGCCGCACGAGCAACGCCCCACGGACCAGGAGGUGUUGCUACACGAGGUGCUGCGGCAGCGGUCAGGGCACCUGUCGGGGGCGGUUAUUCUGCUGCAUGCCAAGGCACACGACCUGUACCGCGGGAUCCACGCCCAGCGCAUGAUGGCACAGGUCUCAUGUGACAUGGCACGCGAGUACCUCUGCAUGCACGACUACCCCAACGCCAAGCUGCUCCUAGACGCCAUCGCCCAGCUCUACCGCCGCGACUCCUUCUCCUCGCUGCUCGCCUUCUGCCUCCUCAACCUCCGCUCCUGCGCGCGUCACCUCUCCCUCCUCCCUGAUUUCCUUCUCUAUUCUCUCGAGCUCUGCACUCUCCCUGCGCUCCCCUCCCCGCCGCCCUCCGCUGCUUCGCCCUCCGCGGUUGCGCUUCCUGCUGCAUCUGCAUCCCCGCCCCCGUCUAGCUGGAUGGAUUUGGGUUCGGGGGAAGGGGGAGGCGGAGCAGGGGGCGUGGGGGAUGUGUACGAGGGGGGUGUGGGGGGGAGUGUGGCGGUGGGGGGGAGAGUGGGGGAGAGGGAGAAGCGGGCAGUUGCACAGGAGCUUCUGCGGGCGCUGAGAGGAGCGCGCAUCGAUGGGGGCAGCGAGGGGGACGAGGGGGAGAGGCGAGCGAGCGAAGGCAGAGGAAGCGGAUUCACCAGAAUCUCAGAGUCAUGGAAAGGAGGAGGGGAAGGCGGAGGGGAGGACAGCGCGAGCAGCUGGGCCAGCAGCGUGACUGCAUCUGCAGGAAGGGAGGAAGAAUCAGUGAAAAAGGCAGCAGCAGCAGCGGCCCUGAGAGUGGGGCCCACCCACCCAUUCCUCCUCUUCACCCAGGAGCUACCCCACCUGCGUGCAGUGCUCUCUGCUACUGCCGCCUUCCCCCCCUGCCCCGCGCACCCCCCCUCACCCCCGCGCAUGGGGCAGCCGCUGCAGGUGUGCGUGUCCCUCCUCACCCACUUCCCCAUCCCCCUGCGCCUGCAGCGGCUGCUGGUGCGGUUCAGCCAAUCGUGCUGCGACACGUGGAUUCCGAGCAGUGGGGAGGGGGAGGAGAAGGUGGGCGGGGAUGGGGGAAAGGAGGGGGAGGGGAAGGGGGAGGAGGGGGGGGAUGCGGAAGGGCUAGUGCUGCAGCCUGGUGUGUGGAAGCGUCUCUCCUUGUCCGUCACUCCAGGUAACUGUGAUGGUGAUGGUGAUGAUGGUGGUGAUGGUGGUGAUGGUGAUGAUGGUGGUGAUGGUGAUGAUGGUGGUGAUGGUGAUGAUGGUGGUGAUGGUGGUGAUGGUGAUGAUGAUGGUGAUGGUGAUGAUGGUGGUGAUGGUGAUGAUGGUGGUGAUGGUGGUGAUGGUGAUGAUGGUGGUGAUGGUGAUGAUGGUGGUGAUGGUGGUGAUGGUGAUGAUGGUGGUGAUGGUGAUGAUGGUGAUGAUGGUGGUGAUGGUGAUGAUGGUGAUGAUGGUGAUGAUGGUGAUGAUGGUGGUGAUGGUGAUGAUGGUGAUGAUGCAUUCAGCGGGCUCCUCGAGUGCCUCCAGGUGCAGGCACACAUCACACCACACGCCGUCCUCUCCUGUCCCAUUGACAGCCCGCAAGCAGCAGGCCUCGUGCCCUUCUGGGUCUUCGAGGCGCCCUCUCCCUCGCCCUUUGCAGACUCAUCCCUCUCUGUGCUGGGCCAGAAGGCAGUAGAGAUAGCAGACGAGGCCCCUUUAGCCGAUGUGACUGUGGAUUGUGCGGCAGACGGGGGGCUGGUAGGGGAGGCUCUGCCUGUGCGUGUGUGGGUGCGGUCGCUUGGGCACGCGCUGUGGUCUGCGUCGCUGUCGCUUGUUCUGUCCGCUGCUGCUGCCGCCGCGGGCGCUGCUGGCGGUAAUGCUGCCGCCGGUGCUGGUGCUGGGGCCUCUGGUUCUACCUCUACUUCCCCUCUGGCAGCGUCGUCCCCUCCUGCCUCUCCCGCUGCUUGGCCCACCGCCCAUGCACCCUCCAACAACCCCUCUUCCACCACCACCACUGCUACCAGCAGCAGCACAACCAGCACCACCAACAGUGCAACCGGCAGCGGCGGCACAGGCAAGGAAGGCCCCGGCGCCUCUCACAGCAUCCCUUCCAUAGCCCAUCUGCCUGCCUUUGAACCCCCUCCUCUCCCAGGGUAUUUGCCCAUCCCACCUGCUGGUACUAGUGCAGGGGACGCGUUUGCAGUCCUGGGGGAAGGCACUGCCGGGAGAGACGAAGGGGGAGAGACAGAGGUGCAUGGGACUGCUGUUCCCGCGGAAAUUCUAUUGCCAUGGGGGGAGCAGGGUGGGUGGGCGGGGCAGGGGGCAGGACAGGGGUUGGUAGAUGGGGAGACAAGAGGGGAAGUGGGAGAGGGGGAUGAAGGAGGGAAUCGGAUUGAGAGAAGAGAGAGCAGCGAGCAGCAGCAGCAGCAGCAACAGCAGCUGGUGGCAUUGAGAGGAGACAUUAAGGUGCCUAUGGUGGAACCCCAUGGGUCAUGGAGCACAGUGGUGUUUGUCCGAUGGAAGGCCGCUAUUCCCCUUAGCUUCAUUGCCACUCUCUCGUACUCCUCCUCCCCUCCUGCUCCGGCUGCUGCUGCCUCCACCCAAGCUACACAGGCUGAAGGGAGCGUGAGAGAGGAGCCUGCUGCUGCUGUUCCUGCCGAUGCCAAUGCUGGUGCGGAUGUAGGUGAAGCAGGGGAAUGUGCGAGCGAAGGAGCCACAGCAGACCCAGCUGCAGCAGCAGCAGGAGCGGCAGCAGCAGGGGGAGGAACAGCAGGAGCAGCAGAAGGUGUGGUGAGCAGCGAGAGCGCAGUGAGCAGCAGCAGCGCGACCGCCAAAGCACCGUUCCAGGUGUCCAGAUCUCAGGAUCUGCGGUGCCAAGAAGCCCUCUCCGUGCUCCAUCGCUACAUCGGCCCCUUUCGAAAGGACUCCCUCAUCCCCAUCUUCCAGUUUUCCCCUGCUGCCUCCUCCACCCCCACCACCACCUCUGCUGCCUCUACCCCCACCACCCCGCUUCCCCCCUCCACGCCCUCCUCUCUCUCUGCUCUCACAACAGCAGGAGCAGGGGCGGCGCCGGCAGCAGCUGUGGCGGUGCAUGAGACGUGUGUGGUGGCGGUGGUUGUGCGUAACACAGCGUGCACGGCACUGCGGCUGCUGGCAGUGCGAGUGCAGCAGCUGCAAGGGGACGAUUCCGCGUGCCUUGUCCAGCCAGUGUCCAUGCAUGGCAGUACAUCUGCUGCUCUUGCUGCUGCUGGUCGUGCUGUUUCACACGCAGACGAUGGGAGAGAUGGUGACAGCAGCAGUGCAGGUGUGGAGGGCAGUGGGGAAGGGGAAGUGCCAAUGCCAUCCGAAUCACUAGAGCAAUCAGAGGUGUGUGAUUCAGAACUUCCCUUGGUGUUGGGUCAAGGAGAGUCUUUCACUCAGCACUUCCAUGUCACCCCGCGUGUUGCCUCGCCCGCCCUCGUCAUCGGCUCGCUGCUGCUCACGUGGCAGCGCCACACAGCUCAAGGAGAGAGCAGCAAUUGGUUACUCAGUCAGUCAGUUUUGCAAGUGCCUGCAGGCAUGGCAAGCGAGAAUUAUCCGGCUAGUGGAUUGAGUGUCAAGCUGGCAGGCUCUGACCCUGUGGCACUGACUCUAGACACUGCAGCCCCACCCGACCAGCCACACCAACAGGCAGCCCAGACUCUAACCCCCGCACCCUUAUUCCUCCCACAGCUCUCCCCAACCGUCUCGUCUCUCCGGCCAUUCCCGCCCGUUCUUGCUGCCAACCCAAUUCUCGUCGUGUCGCUGCGCCUACUGCCGUUCACGAUCGUCGGGUCGCCCUUCUCCUUCUCCAUCCGCCUCUCCAACUGCACCACCUCGCUGCAAGAGGUGGUGUAUCAGCUGCAGGACGCCCCAGGCUUUGUCUUUGCAGGCCAGCACAGCGGCUCUGUCACAGUGCUCCCCCGCGCCUCUCUCCGCCUCUCCUUCCGCCUGGUCGCGGUGGCAUCGGGUAUGCUGCAGCUGCCGCUCAUUCGGCUCCUGGCCCCGCGCCCUGCUGCCAAGCUCUACCCCUGCCUGCACACGUCGCGGCUGUUUGUCUUCCCCUCUGCCGCUGCUGUGCCUGCUGCUGCUGCUGCUGCUGCUGCUGCUGCUGCCGAUGCAGGAGCGGGUAGCAAAAGGGGGAUGGUGGAUGCCCUUUUGUUGCAACAAUCAUGA